AUGGCAGCUAGCGAUUCCUUGGUUACAGCUCGUGUCAUAGGAGAUGUCUUGGACCCCUUUAACACCAGCGCUGAUCUGAUGGUCCUAUUUAACGGUGCUCCUAUUAUCAGUGGCAUGGAGUUGCGCUCUGCAGCGGUGUCCGAUAGGCCGACGGUCGAGAUUGGAGGAGAUGACUACCGCGUUGCAUAUACCCUGGUGAUGGUCGAUCCCGAUGCUCCUAACCCAAGCAACCCAACGUUGAGGGAGUACCUGCACUGGAUGGUGACUGACAUACCAGCAUCAACUGACAAUACAUACGGCCGUGAGCUGGUAUGCUACGAGCCCCCCGCCCCGGCGACGGGCAUCCACCGCAUGGUGCUGAUGCUAUUCCGGCAGCUCGGCCGGGAGACGGUGUUCGCGCCGGCGAGGCGCCACAACUUCAACACCCGUGGCUUCGCCCGCCGCUACAACCUCGGCGCGCCCGUCGCCGCCAUGUACUUCAACUGCCAGCGCCAGUCCGGCUCCGGCGGCCCCAGGUUCACAUGCUUGAUUGAUAACAUCCUGCAAGCACAAGGAAGCAUUAUGUUUAAGUCACGCAACUUGUAUUGAAUAAUUCAGUUUUCGCAACUUGUAUUGAAUAAUUCAGUUUUCGCAACUUGUAUUGAAUAAUUCAGUUUUAAGGUAUCUUGAUUUUGUGUAUCCUGGAAACAAACUGUGGAGAUCAUUGCCAUUUAUGAAUAACAAAUUAAAUUUCUUAUAUUGGAAAUACUGGUUAUAUGCUAUAACAUUUUUUUUGAGUUUAUGAUCAUGAUCUUAGAAGCAGGGUUUUGGUACCUGCUUAGCUGUUUUGCUAGUUUAUGAUCAUGAUCUUAGAAGCAGGGUUUUGGUACCUGCUUAGCUGUUUUGCUAAAGUUUUAUGUUCUUACUUUUAACUAGUUGAU